AUCAUUUCGCUUGUCGAACAGAGGGUGAACCUGCUGAUCGUCGGAAUUCUUGUCAUGUGUACGGUCAUGCUUGGUGAUGUCCUGCGCUUUAUUCCCGUCGCAGCCCUUUACGGCCUGUUCCUGUUUGUCGGCAUAUCUGGCCUUCGUGGCCUUGACCUGACCAAUAGCAUCUAUGCUUUGCUCUGCAGAAGGAAGUACUGGGGGCGCUGGGAAUUCCUCUCUAAUCUUCCAAAACAACAACUGGCGGUAUUUACACUGAUUCGAUUCUGCGAACUCUCCAUGCUAAUCGCAGUAAUGAUAAUUGCUGAAUUUAGCAGUGCGUCUUGGAUAAGUUUUACCUUUCCUCUGAUAAUCAUCAUCUCCGCCCUCAUCCGUGAAUUCCUCUUACCGCGGUGGCGUUGGCUGGCAGUGUAUCUAGAAAUCGUAAGAGUUGCUUACUGCAUUGUUCUGCUAAUACCUUUAUUGAUUUACUUAAUUCUCUACCAGUUUCAUGGACUUCGUUCUCCUCUUGAAGCUCGUUAA